CCGACCCGUAGCCUCCGCUCUGAGGAGAGUUGGACUGUUGGAGGUUGGAGGUUGACAGGCUGUUAGGGAGACGAUGUGUUCAAAGCGUAGUUACUAGAAGAAGCAGAGUUCUGUUCUAGAUUUGCUUACUCUUUCACUUUCUCACCUGCUUCAUAUACCUAUAUUUAUAUACACACACAUAUAUUUGUAUGCAUAUACAGGCGAACGCAUAGGACGUGAGGGAUUGUUUGUUGAUUUGUUUGGAUUUGAUGGAGGAAAAGGGCGGGAUAGAUCAGCAGGAGCCGGCGCCGGCGCCGGCGCCAACUCCGGCGGAAUUUAAGGGGACGGGAGACGGCUCCUUGUUUCAGACCAUACUUGCGAUGUCGCUGUGGCUUGGCUCCAUCCACUUGAACUGCAUCGUCGUCUUGCUUUCCUUCGUCUUCUUCCCCUUCUCUAAAGCCAUUGCGGUAGUAGGAGUGUUGUUGAUAUUUGCGGUGAUUCCGAUUGACGAGAAAAGUAAAUGGGGCCGAAGAUUAGCUAGGUUCAUAUGUAAGCAUGCUUGUGGCUACUUUCCAGUGCACCUGCAUGUGGAGGAUAUUAAAGCAUUCGAUCCCAAUCAAGCAUACAUUUUUGGCUAUGAACCACAUUCGGUUUGGCCAAUUGGAGUUGUUUCACUCGCCGACCUUACAGGCUUCAUGCCUUUGCCAAGAAUCAAAGUACUUGCUAGUACUGCUGUAUUUUUUACACCAUUUUUGAGGCAUAUAUGGACUUGGUUGGGACUAUCACCUGCAACAAGGAAAAAUUUCAAGUCCCUUCUGUCAUCUGGCUAUAGCUGCAUCAUAGUGCCUGGUGGAGUUCAAGAAGCAUUUUAUAUGGAUCAUAGUUCUGAGAUUGCUUUCCUUAAAGCAAGAAAAGGAUUUGUACGAAUCGCUAUAGAAACGGGCAAGCCUUUGGUUCCUGUAUUUUGCUUUGGCCAGUCAGGUGUCUACAAGUGGUGGAAGCUGAACAACAAACUGUUUUUGGAAUUUUCCAGAGCUAUAAAGUUCACACCGCUUAUUUUCUGGGGAAUCAUGGGAUCUCCUAUACCCUUUAGACAACCCUUGCAUGUUGUGGUUGGGAAACCCAUUGAAGUCAAGAGAAAUCCACAGCCCACAGUGGGAGAGGUUGUGGCAGUGCAUGAUCGAUUCGUUGAAGCACUGCAAGAUCUCUUUGAAAAGCACAAAAAGAAGUUUGGGCAUGAUGAUCGGGAGCUAAGAAUUCUUUAAUGUAUUUUAAUCUGCACUUUGUUUUAAUGUUGUACUAAAAUACAAAGCAUAAAUAAAUAAAAGGAAAUUGAGGGUAUA